AUCACAAUCAGACAACAACUUAUAUUAACAAGAAUCACAUUGCUGAUUACUCUCUCACUUCCCGCAAUUUUCUCUCUCUAAAACGAGCCAUGGCUGCGUCUUCUUUCGCUCUCUCCCAAGCUGCCACCACCCUCUCUCCCUCCGCCGCUCUCCGCCAUGAAUCUUCCACUAAUAUCACGCAACCACCUUCUUCUAUAUCCACCCUCUCCAUCCCCACUUUCUCCGGCCUCAAAUCCACCUCAACUCCCUCCUCACGCGCUGUCACUCCCCGGCGUGUAUCCGCUUCUCGCCGACGUAUCAUAUCUUCGGCCGCAGUGGAGUCGCUUCAGAAGACCGAUACGUCCCUUGUUGAUAAGUCUGUAAACACGAUCAGAUUCUUGGCGAUUGAUGCUGUUGAGAAGGCUAAUUCCGGUCACCCUGGUUUGCCCAUGGGUUGUGCUCCGAUGGGGCAUAUUCUAUACGAUGAAGUAAUGAGGUAUAACCCCAAGAAUCCAUAUUGGUUCAAUAGAGAUCGCUUUGUUCUCUCCGCCGGACACGGGUGCAUGCUUCAUUAUGCCCUCCUCCACCUUGCCGGCUACGACAGUGUUAAAGAAGAAGACUUGAAGCAGUUCCGUCAAUGGGGAAGCAAAACUCCUGGCCACCCUGAGAACUUUGAAACCCCUGGUAUCGAAGUCACUACAGGUCCACUUGGUCAAGGAAUUGCCAAUGCAGUUGGUCUUGCAGUUGCAGAAAAGCACUUGGCUGCUCGAUUCAACAAGCCAGAUGCCAAGAUUGUUGACCACUACACAUAUUGUAUCCUUGGUGAUGGUUGUCAAAUGGAGGGGAUUGCAAAUGAAGCUUGUUCACUCGCGGGUCACUGGGGACUUGGGAAAUUAAUCGCUUUUUAUGAUGAUAAUCACAUUUCCAUUGAUGGUGACACUGAGAUUGCUUUUACUGAGAGUGUUGAAAAACGUUUUGAAGCCCUUGGAUGGCAUAUUGUUUGGGUCAAGAAUGGGAACAAUGGUUAUGAUGAUAUUCGUGCUGCGAUUAAAGAGGCAAAGGCUGUUACUGAUAAACCAACUUUGAUCAAGGUGACAACAACAAUUGGGUUUGGGUCACCAAACAAGGCGAAUUCAUACAGUGUUCAUGGAGCUGCAUUGGGUGCAAAAGAAGUAGAUGCAACAAGACAAAACCUUGGAUGGCCUUAUGAGCCUUUCCAUGUUCCUGAGGAUGUGAAGAAGCAUUGGAGUCGCCAUACAGCUGAGGGGGCAGCUCUAGAAGCCGAAUGGAAUGUGAAAUUUGGUGAAUAUGAGAAGAAGUAUGCAGAAGAUGCAGCCGAGUUGAAGUCUAUUGCUGAUGGUGUAUUCCCAACUGGAUGGGAGAAAGCUCUUCCUAAAUACACGCCCGAUAUUCCCGGCGAUGCAACCCGAAACCUCUCCCAAUCAUGCCUAAACGCAUUAGCACCCGUUCUCCCAGGGCUCCUCGGUGGAAGUGCCGAUCUCGCCUCUUCCAACAUGACCCUAAUGAAAAUGUUCGGUGACUUCCAAAAGAACGCGCCGGAAGAACGAAACGUCCGCUUCGGUGUCCGUGAACACGGAAUGGCCGCCAUCUGUAACGGCAUCGCCCUCCACAGUCCGGGAUUCAUCCCGUACUGUGCUACUUUCUUCGUUUUCACCGAUUACAUGAGAGGCGCUAUGCGCCUCUCAGCUUUAUCUGAAACCGGGGUCAUCUACGUGAUGACCCACGAUUCCAUCGGGUUGGGUGAGGAUGGCCCCACCCAUCAACCCAUUGAACACAUCGCCAGUUUCCGGGCGAUGCCAAAUAUUUUAAUGCUCCGGCCGGCCGACGGAAACGAAACGGCCGGAGCAUACAAGGUCGCAGUAGAAAACCGUAAGCGACCGUCCGUCCUUGCCCUUUCGAGACAAAAGCUGCCCAACCUGCCCGGAACGUCAAUCGAAGGUGUAGCGAAAGGUGGUUAUAUUGUAUCCGAUGAUUCUUCGGGCAACAAACCCGAUGUUAUCUUGAUCGGGACCGGGUCCGAGCUUGAGAUCGCGGUUAAAGCUGCGGAUGAGCUUAGAAAGGAUGGGAAAUCGGUUAGGGUUGUGUCGUUUGUGUCAUGGGAGCUUUUUGAUGAACAAUCUAAUGAGUAUAAAGAGAGUGUACUUCCGGAUAGUGUCACGGGUCGGGUCAGUAUUGAAGCCGGGUCAACUUUUGGGUGGGAAAGAAUAGUUGGAAGCAAAGGGAAGGCGAUUGGGAUUGAUAAAUUUGGGGCAAGUGCACCUGCGGGAAAGAUAUAUAAGGAGUAUGGGAUAACAGUUGAAGCUGUUAUAGCAGCCGCUAAGGAAGUUUGCUAAGUUUCUAAUAGGUAAACAAUAAAACGAAGAACGGAGAGUUUAGAUAAAGUUCAUGUAUUGUUUGAGUUUUGGUGAAUUUUGUAAUUUGAUACUUAAAGAUCUUUCUAGAUUUUGUAUUUUAUGUGUUUGAUCGUUGAUGAGUCA